UUACACCACCCACGGGACACGGGCAAAACUGAGAUCGCCUUUUUCGGUCGACGAAUCCAUAAGAACGCGUCAAACUGACGGAAGCUUCGUUUUCGAGAGGAAAUAUUCGGUUUGAGGAAUGGAGAACGAAGAUGAACGUAAAGAAAUGUCAGCGGCGGAGAAGCUGGCUGAAAGAAAGAAACGUUUACGAGAACUGCACGCGAAGAGGAACGAGGCGAGACAGCAGAAUCAUAAAGAAGUUAUCGAGGAAGACAAAAGGAACAAACUUCCUUCGAACUGGGAAUCGCGUAAAAGGCAGGCAGAAUGGAUCAUGCAGGACGAAGCUGCGAGGAAGGUUGCACAGGAGAAGGGAGAGGACUAUGAAAGGACAAAGUUGCUUCAUAUCGAUGCAACAGAAGCAGAACGUAUAGCGAGGAAGAAGAAUAAUAAGAAAAAUCCUGAUCCAGGAUUCUCAGAUUACGAACAAGCCGCGAUUCGUCAAUAUAAUAGAUUGGUGAAGAAUAUUAAACCGAACAUGGAUUCAUACGAAGAUGCUAGAGAGAAGUUAGGACCAGCAUUUUACGGAGAUAGAAACACCAUACUGCACGGCCUGCAUGAAGAUAAGAAGGAAUCUGUUGAUAAAAUGGUUGAAGAUUUGGAGAAACAGAUUGCCAAGAGAGAGAAGUACAGCAGAAGAAGAAUGCACAACGAUGAUGCUGACAUCGAUUACAUCAACGAGCGCAAUGCCAAGUUCAAUCAGAAACUGGAAAGGUUCUAUGGGGAGUACACGCGCGAGACGAAAUUGAACUUAGAGAGGGGUACCGCCAUAUAAUGGAAGAUAUUAUAUCGAAAGGGCUUACUACAAAUAAAUUGUAUUUUAAAACUCGUACAAAUAGGAGUCAGACUACUGAUAAGUUGUUCAUCGAUAGUUUGCAAUCGGAAGUGCAAAUAUUUUACGAUAUUGUAUACACCAAUUAAAAUCUGUUGCACCCAUCGUAUUUAAUAAAAUGAAAUUAAACUAGAA